CUUGUCCUGGAUACUGCCAUGGCGAGUUGACAUUUAUUCACCUCGGCUCCCGAAAUUUACUAUAAGUUAUAAGGCCAGCUGGUUGCUUUGCUGCUCCAUCUUUUUUCUUCUCAGUUUUGUACGAAACAGUCAGUAUCACGACUUGAUACCAAUGGUCCAAAUCACUCCUCUCCUUCAGGUUCUUGCUACUGUCGCACAAGCCCCUCCUUUCGUGCGCGAUGUUUCUCCCAACGCUCUUGCUGUCCGCCAGGUAGAUACGAGCGACCUUCCUUCUCAAUGCCAAAGCACGUGUCAAGUCAUCAAUACGAUGACUAACUGCGGCUCCAGUCUAUCUUGCAUUUGUGUAUCGUCCCUCGGAACCCAACUUCAAACAUGCAUGGAUUGCGUUGUCGCGGCUGAACCAUCUGCCUCGACAGACGCUGAUUCCGCCAUCGAAAGCUGGAACGAAGCCUGCGGUGGAUCUCUCGCUCUUACCAGUGGAAGUACUUCCACUUCGACAACUGCUACUAAGAGCUCCACUGCUACUACUGCUACCAGUAGCAGCAGCAGCAGCAGCAGCAACCCUCUCAUUAGCAAGACUGGCGAUGCUGUGGGCACGAAGACAGCUAUCGGUGCACUUGGCCUGGUCGUUGCCAUUGCUUGUGGUAUCAUCAUCCUCUAAACAUGAGUGGUCUGUUAGGGCCACCUUUUCCUGACGCAUCAGCAUAAUCAUACCCUCCCUUAAUACCAUAUAAGUAUAUCUCUUGUUACCGAACACAUCAACCAGUAAAUUUUUUCGCCGCCAUGGCACGGUGCUCGCUGAUUCAAUGUGGUAUCGCUGAAACAGGAAGAAUGAGCCUGGA